UUUCAUUGUUCACAGAUGUCCAAACUAAACGGCGUCUCUUGAGAGAGAUGUGAUAAGUCAAUCUACGAACGCUAUGUGAAGUUAUCAUCAUGCUGUUAAAUAUCUGCAAAUCAUGCCAGUACUGCCUGGAGGCGAUGUACUGGACAUGCUGUGAAGAAAGAUUUUGCUUUGACAAGAAGAUUGCUGCAUAUAAUUUAGAGGAAGAAAAAGUACACACAAACGGCUACGCAAAUAUGGGCGCGAGUCUGGACAGUGUGGUCACGCAGCAGCCGAUGAACAACAACCACCUGCCUCAUGGAGCAAUAUCUGGACGAGAAAUCAACGAGCUUCCCUUACACGCUGAUAAGCUUUAUGAGGUUUUCUCCAAAUCUUUGAUAUUUAGAGAUGAACACGAGUUGAAGAAAGAUAGCGAUGAAUCUGUAGAUGAAUUUGAAACGAAGUCUGAACCAGAUUACUUAUCUGACAAACCCAACAGAACUAAAGUUUACUUCGAAGAUGAAGUGGACUCUCCAGUUACUGAUUUUGAAAUCAUGUUUAAAGAUGAACUUCUUGCAAAUCACGAUAUGUUUAAAAUAGAAGAAGAAGAAGAAGACAAUAAAACUCCAAAUACUGAAGAGGGAUUAGUGAUGAAUGUAUCUGUUAAGAAGCAAGACGUAAUAAAACCGAGUACGGUAACAAUUAAAAACGAACGUAAGAUUACAUUACAACAUCCUGUCUAUGAAUAUGAUCCGAUAUCACAUGUUGUUACAAUACCUUCUUCACUUUCACUACCAAGAGUUGAAAGUGUUAAGGGUAUUUUACGAACAAGUAGUUCGAAAACUUUAGACAGAACGGAUAGCAUGGGCAAAUUAGCAAGACCGAGUCUCAACAGGGUAGAGAGCCUAAAAUACUUAGACCCAAACAAAAUCAACAAAGUUUUAGCAAGAGUACCACAUAGAAGCGCUUCCUUCUUAAACAUACCAGCACAUUUGGUGCCUGAGAGGCCUCCACUAACGAAGAGUAAAUCUACGGUUGGAGUACCUUCUUUAGCAGAUAGUGAACUAAAACUAAGUUCUCUCCCUGACACUCCCAUUAUCAAAAGUAAUAAUUUACCAAGAUUCUUUGCUGAUAGUCCGUCUUUAACAGAAUAUAAGGGAGAAACCAGCUUGCAAAGUAUCAAACAAAAAUCAACUAUUAUGUUUCAAACGAACGACUUCAGUAUGCCCAGAUAUUAUGGUACUGUAACAAAACCAACAGAACAUGCGCCCGUUCAUGAAAGUAAAUCAAUGCCCGAUCUAAGAAAUCCAACUUCAACUGGAAAAGUUAGCAAACGUUUAGUUAGAUUCAGAAGCAGACUAAAGCCUUUGGUUAUUAGAAAAAGUUCGGAAGAGAGAUUAUGAAUUGAUUUGGUGGAAGAAGGAUACAAUUAAGUUAGUGGAAGUGUAAAUAUACCUUAUUGUAUUGUUUGUCGACUUUAAACCAAUGAUAGGUAAUAAGAUACUUAAGUGUUAACUAUACGUAGACAGAAUCUUUAAAUAACCUUUUACUUGUUAACAAAUUUUUCAUAUGCUUAAGGCGACUGACUUUACUUAUUUAUUUUUGAAGAAAAAAGACAAGACUUGAUGAUUGGACAAAAUUUACAUUUAUAAAACUCACUGAUGUAACAAAAUAAAAGUCAAAUGUAAAUCUUUACGAAAUUCAGUUUUUCUAUUGCUCAACUCAUGUACCUUAAUACUGUAAUAAUGUACUUAAUAUCUGAACGAUUUUAAUGUUAAUCUCUAGUCACAAAUUAAUGAAUAACUAAAAUAUAAGGUGACCAUCAUACGUUAUUUGACUUAAGACGACUACUAAUACUACUUACGAAAAAUAUGCUGUAUACAAUAAUUGUUAAAUUUGAAAAUAAUAGCUCAGUUUAUAGAUGUUGACAAAGUGGACAAUGUGACAAGUUUCGUCGUUUCAAUUCAAAAAAUAGGAAAAGGUAAAUGAAGGAAAGAGAUAACUAUUAUUGUGUUUAUGUGUUUUAAAUUUUUGUAUGCAGAUUAUUUAUUGCAAGACUUAAAAAGAUGCUCUUUAUUUUUUGAAUUUUGAACACUUUGUAUGCGUCUUAAUAAUUGUUUAUAGUAUAUACUCAGUGAAAAUAAGUUUUUCAACCAGUGAAUGUGUUACUGAUACCAGUAUUUUAAAAAUGUAUUGUGAUAUUGAAUACGUUGAUCUGUUUGUUAAUAUAACAUACAAAUAGGUUACAUUAUUAAUAUUACGUAAUUAUCAGUUAGGUUAAUAAAUAAUCAUAAAAAAUA